AUGGCGGGCGGCGAAAACUCGGAAGUAAUACAAUAUUUUUCGGCGGCCGUGUCUAUAGUGUGUGCAGUGACUGGUCUAGUAGUGUACGGCACGAACUCGAACUGGAGACGGAGGCAUUACCUGCACGCCGAGCAAUCACUGAGUCGCUGUGGAGCUGCGCUAUGUAUACUACUCAUGUACAUCGUUACUGACGAGGUAUUUCAAGUGUGGCUCGUUGCCUUCUACUUGAUAUUAGUACUGGCGACAGUAUGGGGCACCUUCCAUUCCGUCCUACUCGGCUACGUACACAUAGUCUUAUCCAGCCCGACACUAACCAACGAAGAACCUCUACUGCUCAAAUCAUGGACGCUAAUAGCAGUAAUGUCAUGCGGCAUAUUAUACUAUAUCAAAUAUAUAUUGACUUUGAACAUGGUGGACGCUGAAACUGUGGCCGCCAUUAUGCUACUGGGUAUUGAGACUGGAAGCUUGAUACUACAAACUAGAACGUUUAAAGAAGCGAUAGUAAUAUGUCGAGUUAAUAUAUUCUUGUUAUAUUUUGUGAAUUUCUUAGGGAUCUUUUGUGAUUUCUUGUUGAUAUUGUACGGUGGGCUGUGUAUUUACAGUGUGAGUAUACAAGAAAUAAAUGAUGUCUUGUUAGUUGUGUACACUGGGGCUGUAUUGUUACAGUCUGUUCUAGUAAUGUAUUGUAACAAUCAACUUGAUUGGAAGAAAUUCGCGCCGCGCACUGACGAGAUACAACUGUAA